AUAACAGUGCACGUCAGACGAUAAGAUGUUAUCCUCUCUAGUAAAGAAACACUCUGAAGAACAACAAAAAUUGCGAGAGAUUCAAGAGAUGAAGAGAAAAGAGGCGAUCCAAGCCGCAACUGAAUUAACGAAAAAUCUUGUCGACCAUCUCAAUGUUGGAGUGGCUCAAGCUUACUUAAACGAGAAGAAAUUGGAUAGCGAGAUGAGAACCUUGACUCAAAAUGCGCAACAAUUUUCGAGGCAAACGGGGCAAUGGUUAUCUCUCGUGGAUAAUUUUAACACGGCGUUGAAGGAGCUGGGUCAUGUGCAAAGUUGGGCGAAAGCGAUAGAAUCGGAUGUUAAGACUAUUACGACCUCAUUAGAAUAUGUGUAUGCAACUAAACAAGAAUCUCCAGAGGGUGGGGCAGCAGGCAUGUCGUCGUCAACUUCGAGUGGAGGACCAGCAGCGGGCCAAUAAUAUGUAGUCAUUAAAUCAAUAUGAUAUUUUAUUAAUUCGCAUUGUUUAUAAAUUAGGAUACUAUUGUUUGUUUUUUUGUACACGGAACAAGCAUUUCAUGCAAUGCUGUAAUUGACCUCUGUAAGUAAAAUAUUUACCUCAGCAAUGAAAUGAAUUACGACAAAAGAGCAUAUUAA